AUGACGGAGGAGAGGAGGAAAGGAGGCAUCGGUGGCGGUGAGCCGCCGUCGGCGGCCUUCCAGAUGGUGUCGCUGGAUGAGAGUUCCUCGAUGGUCACAUCGUCGACGACGGCGAACUCCAAGAGGAGAAUCAUCGUGAAGAGCGCCGACAUGAAGGAGGACAUGCAGAAGGAGGCCAUUGACUGCGCCGUCGGCGUACUGACACUCUCCUUGCUCUGCUUUCGCCGCGGCUGUCUCUAUUCGUCGUGGUUAUCGGUCUCCUCGACGUGUCAAAUACGUAAUCCCCUUCGUCACAUGUUUCUAUGUUGCUCUCUGGAUCGAACAGGCUUUCGAGAAGCACGGGGUGGAGAAAGACAUUGCCGAGUACAUCAAGAAGGAGUUUGAUAAGAAUCAUGGUUCUACCUGGCAUUGCAUUGUCGGCCGCAACUUUGGUAGCGUUUACUUUUACCCUGCGCUGAACUUCAUGUUUCGUUGUGAAAAUUCGACGGUUGCCACAAUUUUGGGUUCGAGUUUGUUUCAUGCUCUCUCCUGACCAGAAGAAUGUGGAGACUGAGUUAUUAACCAUCAUAUCUUGUCGGAUUUCUUUUGCGACUGCUUUGUUCUCACCCGUAUGCGCUAGAUCUGUGGAUUUUUUGGACGUGUAGAAUUCUGUAAAUUAUAAAAUUUCUGUCCUUUUAGGGUUUGGUUUGGUUUGGUUUGGUUUAUCGUUCAACUUUCCUGGAUUAGUGCUCUGCCUCCUUAUUUAUCAACUUCAUCUGACUUUGUGAUAUUUUUUUGCACAUUCUUACAUCUGAAUAUAUGCUAUCGCGACUUGUGGCGUUAUACUGGUUGUGUUUGAUUCAAAACCCAUGAAAAAAAUUAUUUUCUGUUAUAUUUCUCUGUUAGAAAUUUCUGUGUGAGUUUUAUCUUCAUACUGUUCUUUAUCUGUUGAAUUUUCUCUGUUGAUUUAACUUCAUAUUGUUCUUUAUCUUCUUUUAAACCCGUAGGACUUGCAGAAUAUAAUCUACAUGUAAUCUGGUGUUUUGGAAAACUAUCGUAGAAAAUCCUCACCUGUAUGACUGGGAAGCAGAUGAGCGAGAAUUAUUUACGAUAGUUACAGAUGUAUAUGUCUCAUAAUGCAGAUUUUGUUUAUCCGAUUUACAAAAUAUUUCCAUCUACACUACUGGAGUUCUAGUUCUAAUGAUUGUAAUUAUUGUGCCUAUAAUUAUUGUAGAAAUUGAGUGUAACUCGUAUUAAUGCACUCAGUUCUAAGAAAUUUAGUGCAAGCUUGAUUGCAAUUAGUCUCCUGCACUCAAGUUAUAACUGAGGAAGAGGUAGCCUAUUUUCGUAAGGGCUUUUUUAUGCAUUUUUCUAGAGAUCCAGGUGUGCAUCGGACUUUCCUUGACCAUAUGUUCCUUUUCUUUAAAAUAAUUGAUGAUGGUACCAGUUUUCGUUUGCCUUAUUUGAACGUUUCUUGCAUAGUCAACUACGGGGAUGUGUAUAGAAGUCCAAACAAGCUUUAUUUGCAUCUUUUACAUUUUUUUUCCCUUUGGAGUCUGUCUCGACUAUGGAGUCCUGGCUUCUUCAUCUUGAAUAGAAAGGUGCUGGUGUGGGAGGUUUCGUUAGAGUCUUCUUUUUGUGCCAGGAACAGAUGAAUAUUGUGGUGAGGAUAGCUGCCUAAGGACUCAUAAAUGAGUUUAACACAUCAGUCCUCCAUGUUCAACAAGAACCGGGAAAAUCAGUCCCUUAUUGUAAAAGAAAUGACAUUUUACCAGAAGAGCUUGAGUAAAAAAAAAAUUCUAUUCAUUUUCUGUUGAAAAAUAAAGAGAUGGCGCACAGUUUUUUUCCUUUCUAAUUGCAGUGCUAUGCAUGUUCCAUCCAUAUUUUGUACUACAUGUUGGUCCAUUCUUACUAAUUAUCGUCUCACUUACAUGAUGCAUUGUUUAGUGCCUUUUUCGUCCCAAGGUUCAACAUAAAAAGCAGUUUUUGUGUGAAGAACCCGCUAGCUAAGCUUCCUCUCUCUCCACCUAUCCCUGCACAUAGUACAAUUAUAGUCCUCAUAUGGCAUUAUUUGUUCGAAAACAUAACUCCUGAACCUUUACGAACUGGCCUUAUGGGCCUGUGGUAGCCUUCUCCAGUGGUGGUGUCCAUUCAACUGGAAAACGAGAGAAAGAGCUUUAGGAAGAUUUGAUGUACUUCUGGAAACCAGCGAAGGGCGUAUGAGGAACCACACUUUCUGGAUGGUGAGAUUUGGAUCUGAGAGGAAAAUGCAUAAUAUUCUACUGAGGUAGGACUUAGUCUGACUCACCCGGGGGGAAGUUGGCAUGGUGACUAUGCUAAUGACACUGAAUAUCCCAGGACGAUAUUAUAUAUCUAUAUAUCUGUAAUAUGCAUACAUGUGUGUGCCAUUAAAUAUAUUGAGGCUAAACGAAAGCAUGUGAUUUGAGUUAUUCUGUGUAAUGUGGGACAGGCUCAUAUGUGACGCACGAGACAAAUCACUUCAUCUACUUCUACUUGGACCAGAAGGCCAUCCUGCUGUUUAAAUCGGGCUGA